UCGUCGCGUGACGCCGAGCCGUGCGCAUCGAUCCGAGCGGUACACACACGGCGAGCAUUCGCGCCCCCGAACGAAAAUCAAUCCCGUCACCGCGUUGAAUUUUCUUGGCAGUCGAGAGCCAGCUCUCGCAUCGGUGAUUCCGAACGUCGUAAAACCGUCCAAGUUCCUUGGCGAUAUGUUGAGGAAAUUGCUGAGCAAGUCGGGCCGCAGAUUGCUGAGGGCAAUCAAGAAGCUGUCGACGAGGAGCCACAAGGCGAAGAAGUCACGGAACUUGACCUCCUGGCACUCGGCCAUACCGGACCACGAGACGACGUCGUUGUCGUCGUGGUCCUUGCCGUCCCUGGACACGAAAAGUAUCGACACUUACAUGACGUACGUCGCGGAGAAUUCCGAGGACUGCUCGUCGACGUGUUGCUACUGCGACGAGUACGAGGAGAAUCAGAGGAACGAGAACAUCGAGAACGAGAUGAUAAUCUAACGCAUGCAGAUUUCCCCGAGCCGAGCGUCCGUUCGAUCGCGCGAGUGAUUAACGAACAGAGACGCGGGAACGAGGUUGGAGCCCGAAGAUCGCGCGAGGGUAACGUUUUAGAAAUCCUCUGAAAUCCGUUCCAUAGAAUAUUUAUAAAUUCCAAUUAUUUUUCGAACCGUGUUUUAACGAAAAUUGGACCACAUUGGAGUACGCGUGCGACUGAGUUUUUGAAUAUUUUCGACGGAGUACUUUUGUUCCCCGCUUAUAUGUAUGUAACGGUUCGCGUCUAUUGGGUGCUCCCCCCUUUUUUUUAUAGACAUCAAUGUAUUCGACGAGGAUGCUACCGGUGGAUUAGUGAAAUUCUUACGAGGAAAACGAGUCCAAACACGACCACAUUCGUGUUGUUUUUAUGAACAACUUUCGAAGUUUGAUUAAAAAUGCUUGGGAUCGUUUUCAUCGUGAGAACAUCAUCAAUCCAUAAGAAAUACUCUCGCAAAUGUAUGACAAUGACAUAAAUAUUUCUUAACAAAAGCAAUUCUAUCCACCGAGCAGACGAAAAAGAUUCACAUGCGAACGAUAAGUUGCAUGUACGCGGGGAGUACUCUAACCUUUAAACGCGUCCGUAAAAACUGCACGACAUUCGGAUAGUAAUGCUUUCUCGAUCCAACGUCGUUCGAGAUAUCACGCGCAAUGAUUCGUUUUCGCAACGCAAAAUACUCGGGUAAACAUCGAAAGAGGGAAACAUUGCUCGAUGGCAAUCGGUCUUCCGGUGAACGAUUAGCUCGUAAGUAUUUAUUUUGAUCUCAUUUUAGCCAGGUACUAGCGUCUACUUUUUAAGCUUGAUCGUACCAAGUGUCUGUCCAUAGGUAUGCCGUUUAUUCGCGCGGCGAAACAAAACGCGUCGCUUCGGAACGAUAUUUCUUCUCUUCGCCUAGCGAUUAGCUCUCGCACGCGACGCGUAGUACAAACAGUACCUAUAUAAUCUAUCGACCGUGCAAUUCUAGGGUUCUCUUUGUCGAUCGUCACUUAAGAAAGUAGUCGUGCGAAACUAUAUCGGGUCUACUAGAUAGGGUCGUGUUUUAUCCGUCGAAUUCUGAUACAAUAAAAUAUAUACAGGGUGUCCCAAAAAUGUUGUAACACCUUGAAAGGAGUGGUUCGGGAAGUGAUUUGAAACAACUUUUUCCUUAGCGAAAAUGUUGUCUGCAGCUUCGUUGAGGAGAUAUUAACGGAAAACACUGACCAAUCAGAGCGCGAGUAUACCGUUGGAGCAGCCAUGGCAGUGAAGGUUACGCGCUAGGUAGCCGCGCUCCCCGACCAAUCAGAGCGCGAGUAUGCUGGUGGAGCGCCAGCGGUAGCGUAUGAGCGCGGCCGCGUAGCACGUAGCCUUCGCUACCGCGGCCGCUCCAACGGUAUCCGCGCGCUCUGAUUGGUCAGUGUUUUCCGUUAAUAUCUCCUCAACGAAGCUGCAGACAACAUUUUCGCUAAGGAAAAAGUUGUUUCAAAUCACUUCCCGAACCACCCCUUUCAAGGUGUUAUAACAUUUUUGGGACACCCUGUAUACAUAUAUAUAUGUAUACAAAGUUAAAUUAAAGUUAGAUCAAAUCAAAUGAAAUCUAAUGAAAGGUAGAUCAGGGAAGUGGAAGGUAGAUUACAAGGUAAUGGAAUUUGAAAGAAAUGCAUGGAGAUACAAGACAGACGACGAUUAAAUGAAAUUUACACGUUCACGCCGACGCUGUUUGCGUUUCUUGCCACGGGGCGGCGCGCUGAUACACGCGAGCGUGAACCACCAACUACCGGUGGUACACGCCGUCCGAUGGGACAUAACCAUUUAGGUGCUCUUAGGCAUCUGUUUAUCUGGACGGCAGCGAUCAACGCGAAUUACUUGUAACUGUAAGCCACUUGUGGGACACAUCGGCGCGAACGUGUUAAAGGAAAUGCAAGAAAAUCGAAGGAAAAUGGUGACACCGGAGAACCAGUGAAUUUGGAACUGUGUCUCUAGAUGGUUGAGACGUUUUCACUUUGUAUAUAUACAUAUAUAUAAGGGAUGAUACACUGUCGCUACUUUACGAAAAUACGGUCAGCGUAAGAAGUAUUCGUACCAGCAAUCGAUUUAAAAUAAAAUUAAUAAGAAAAGAAAUACAUAAGAGGUUAACAUUAAAAAUAAUAAACUCUAAUGGACGCAAAUUCUACUCUAAAAGUAUGUAGGAACGAUGGUUAAUUAUUUCUUCCCAUAAAAUUUAUUAAUAAAAUAAAUAUAUCCAGUUUUAUUUCGAAUUGGUUCCUGUACGAAUACUUCUUACACUGACUAUAAAUGUCUCGCCUUUUCGGGGGUUGUUACUCGUCGAUAGUUAACGAACCGUAGCACGUCCAACGAUGAGACUUUCGAACGUUAUUGGUGUGAUAGGCGGCGUAGGUUAGUCUCGAAUAUCGGUUUUCAUCGUCGAUAUCUAGGGAUUUUAGAACAGCGAGGCCGGAAAAUUGUUGGGGUAUCGGUAAUCGUGGGUGCAUGAAGACUGUAUAAGGAGAUCCAACUCCCUAAGAAAGUUACUAGAAAACUGUUAUCAAAAUCCCGAACUUGAAGUUACGGAUAUUUCGUCCACUCGCGGCGCAAGUGGUAGAAAUAUUCAUAACUUCAAGCUCGGGAUUUCGAUAACACUUGUACACUACACACCUUAUACAGUCUUCAUGCGUGGGUGUUACAAUCUCUCGUUAGUUCGUGAAACCAGUGAUGGGCAAAACCCUAGGUUUCGAAUAAACCUGAAGUUUGCCGAUAAGUUUGUCUCGUUUCCUCUUUUCAACAUUUUUCAGAGAAACGAGACAAACAUAUCGUCAAACUUUCACGGUGAAACGAAUGGUUGACGUGGUCGUUCCGCGUACAUUGAAAAACGUAGCAUGCGUUUUAUUCGAACAGAGAUGGACGAAGGGACAGAAAAAUUUGUAUCUAUUAUUUGUCAGUUUACGAAAAUCUAGUACACUAGAAGUACCCUUGCUCUAAUUUAUAUUUAAAUGAUUAUCGUACGCGAACGAUGUCCAUCUCUGCUUUCCUAUUACAACGGCACAAUCGAUGUUAGAGUAGUAACGGUAACAGGUAUCAAGAAACGAAAGACUCUACGCAAUAAAAUACUUUUUCUAUACCGGCGUCUUGUUUGCACUUUUGCUCAAAGAGCGUCUCGCCGCGCUACGCGACGAAAAUUUUUGUAUAUUUUCCGCAGAUCUGUCCUCGUCAGCGAGACACGCCCGGUGAUUAUAAUUUCGAUCACAUCGGAGACUUGGUAUGUAAAUAAAAAAGAGAAUGUAUAUAAGUGUAUAUGAGUGCGGAUUGUACAUAGAUGUAUAAUGGAUGCGUCUCGAUAUAUUUUAUCGUAAGUAUGUUCGACGAGGCUGUGACUUUCUAAUGGAUGUGAAUGUCAUAAAUAAAAUAGUUUUAUCGACGAUUUGUGCGUUUCUAUGACCCGUGUCGC